AUGGAUGAAACAGGAGGGAGUACCGUCGUGAGGACUUCUUCUCACUCCCCUCACAAACCCAGCCCUCAAUCCUCCGUUGCUGAGGAGACGACCGACUUGCGAAGUCUUGCACUUCGAGCACAGACACUCUCCAGCACACUUGACCAGCUCCGCCAGCAAUGUGGACACGAGAGCACUUCGUCGGAUAUCGCCACUGCCACUGAAGAACUGAAGCUUCUUGCCGCAGAGCUCCACAGCCUCGAUUCUGCAGUGAGGGCAAACAAGGAACUGUAUACCAAGGCCUUUGGCGAAGACCUAGAGGAGAUUCGUGCUCAUCUUGGGGGCAUCUUCGAAGACAUCGAGGAUUGCUGCAAAGAGAUGCAAAAGGCAGACGGUCCAAACACCAGUGCAGUUGGUUGGCUGACCAAGAAGAGAUACGUUCGCAAGUUGCAGAAACACCUCGAAGUCAACAAGACCACUCUGAUUGUCAUGCGCACUGUCCUACACCACGGCAAGGAAUAUGGCACUCACAACUCUCCCGGACGUCUCGCAGAAUCCUCGCCGCACACCUUACAAGAAGACCUUGCAAUCCUCGAAACUGUCUUCGCCAGCAGGGAUGCCAUCAAAGACCUUCAAAGUCUUGGCAAAAAGCCUCAUGAACAUUCCCUUUCAACUUCGUCAAUAGGAUCUGACGAUGCCACCCUGUCCUUCCGACCUGGUGCUCAUGGCAGAAACCUGUCCUCGGCUACAGGUGUCGAUGUUCCGGAGAUGGAAGACGUUCUUCCAGCCAGUGCUGUGGAUGGAAAGAGGAAGAAACAAGAUGCAUUAGCACGAAGGUUCUCCCGCCGCGGAGUCCGUCUGGCCGUUCACAGCUCCAUCAUGGACACCAACGCCCACGACGUCCCUAUCUCACUCCGGAAGAAGUGGAUCCACCAAGCUCAACUUCGGCAUGGCUCUGACUACGCGGAAACAGGUGGCCAGUCUAUUGCUCAGCUAAGCAAGAUUUCUGAAGUCAACUCCAGUUCUGGACCAGACGACGAACUGGCCAACCCGGUUCACCGUUCAAGCCGCACCACGCCGGAGGGUAUGGAGAGUAGAGAGCCUAGCCCAGCUGACAGCGCCGCUUCAUCAACGUCGCGUCCGAAGAGAAGCUCCUCGCUCAUCAACUCUCCUCUAGGCAGGAAGCUCGGAAACGUCAUUGCUCGACUUUCUCGGAGUCGCAGCGGCACCGACCACCACGAAACAGUUGAUGGAGACUGCGCUGGAACAAAUAGGCAGGUAGACCAGUUGCAAUCCGAAAAGAAAUCGCAAGUGGGCCAGGAACUGAAAUGGAAAGCGACUGUGGCUGAGAAGGACAUGUCGGCAAAGGAGAAGCCGGGAUGGUCCUACCGCUUGACCAGGCCUUUUGUAAAGUCGGAGCUGACCACGCCUGAUUUUGAGAGGGAUUUUGAGUGGAAGGGGAUAUGA